AUGGUUGCGCCGGCUGUGCCCGAGCUUACCGAAGAGAUUCUCUCUGAAUCAAUUGAAGCCCGAACCGAGUCCCUCAUCUCCCUUCGGGAGCUUGGUCCUCCCGACCUUGUCCACCUCCUGAAGCAAGCCACAAGAAACCCUGGCAAGCAGAUCGGAGUCUAUCACCAUGUCACCGGUGUCGAUGCUUCGUCUUCGGCCAGUCUUGCUGCCUACAUCAACACUCUGACCUACCGUGAGCAUGGCCAGGCUGUACAAACCAAGAUAUCCGAAGGCCUUUACUGCUGUUACAAUGCCUUCUCCCGACUCGACAUGCGAGUUCACGUAACGAUCCCUGGAACCGUCGAAAGCUACUGCGUAGAUGAGCGAGGCGAGAAGCGCAAAGCGACGGAUGACCUGUGGCUAGAGACUUACCUAUGCAGCGUCCUGAGAGCCUACUCCUACGCCGAUGAUGGUAGCGGAGAGACCAUUCGGAAGAUCAUGGGUGUGCGCAGAUACAACCCUGUUACCAACACCGAGACUGAACACCGUUUCCUUGGCUGGCAGCUGGGUUCCGACUCUGUCGUUCAAGUGCCGAACAAUGUCUCGAACCAUUUGACCGCCGGCCUCCUCAAGUACUUCCAGACCACGGGCCGCCAUGCUUCUGGUAUCAACCUCUUCGAGAAACUCAGAGACCAAAACAUUGAGGUAUCCUCACUUUUGGCCAAGGUUUUGUUCAUGGGCAAUGAGGAAGUUCAGGGUGUCAAGGUGCUGCAUCAGGCACUGAAAGAGUCGCCAAUGGACUAUGUCAUGCUCGAUACGCAGGCCGAGUUCCUCCUCAGGAAAGCGCAGACCGCCGCAACGCCAGAGCUGAAGGAAGAGAGACUUCGCUUGGCCAUGGGCUGUGCUGAUCGCAGUACCAUUGCUGCUCCUAGUGAAUUCGGCACAUGGGCGAGAUUGGCACAAGUCUACGUGGCAAUGGAGGACUGGGAGAAUGCCUUGACCAUCCUCAAUUCCUGUCCCAUGUUCACGUACCAGGAUAAGGACGCGCCCCAGAUGCCCGAGCCGAAGGACGUACAUCUCCCUACUCUCCCAGAGACCCGCUUGGAUGAGAUUGAUAGCGAACCCGAGUCCAGAUACUCUGAGCAGGUUGAUGCCAGUCUUCUAAACCUCCGUGCUGCGGUUUACAAGGGAACCUUUAAGCAGGCAUACGGCAUCCUGACCGAGAUGACUUCAAAAAUUGGAUGGGAUCAGCUUCUCAAGAUCAGAAGCACCGUAUUUGUCAUGGAGGACGAGUACCGCUCCGAGAAGCAGGAAACCUCGCAGCCUCAACGCAACCCCAGCACCGACGGUCUUCGUGGCACCCCAGACCCUACAACGAAUGGCGAUCGCUCGGACUCGGAGGAUGACGAUGAAGACGAAGACGAAGACAAGAAGUUCCGGCCGGCGGACACUGAGUCCACUGCGGAGACAUUAGCACCAAAUGGACAGACAGAGGGCGAGGCUGUGGAGAAGCCCACCCACGCGAUAGAUCCCGGUGAAUUGAAGGGCGAUGUGGAAAACGGUGCGCAGACCGACGACCACCUCUCUAAGCUGAACAACAAGCGGUUAUGCGAGCGCUGGCUCGAUAGCCUCUUCAUGGUGUUGUAUGAGGAUUUGCGCGUCUACACGAUCUGGAGGACGCAGAUGGCCCAGUACCGCGCGCAGUCCAUGCAGUACAAGAAGUCGGCCGAGGAGUGGGAAAUUCUAGGGUCUUUGGCGGAGAGACUUCAACACCCAGAAGAAGCCGUGGAGGCCUACCGAGCUUGCCUCGCCGCGAGAUUCAGCCCGAAGGCCUUGACGGGCAUCCUCCGUGUUUUCGAGGAAAACAAAAACACGCGCGAGACGGUCGCAUCGGUCAUUCGUCUCGUCACCUGGCAGUACAGGUGGUACUCGGAAUUCUCACCAGAGCUUCUCCAUACAGUUCGGACGCUUAUCGAGGACGAAGGUGCGGUCAAGAUCAGAAGCAUCAUCCAAGCCACCAGCCUCCCGCAGAAUGUCCUCGAUCUGACCCAUCACUAUGCUGCUCUUUGCGCUACUUUCCGCAGCAGCGGCACCGACGGUUAG